AUGGUCGGACCGGCCCUUGCUCUGUCCCUUCUCGGCCUCGGAGCCGUCCAGGCGCUGCCGGCCGGCAACAAGCCGGUUGAGGAACGGCAGUUCUCGAUCGGAGACGGGACCGGCGUCUUCAUCCCCGGCCAAGGCGACCUCCCCGUCUGCCUGACUGAUGGGACUCCGCUGAACGAGCAGCCGCCCUGCCUUCUGCCACCCAUCACCGGCGGCCUCGAGCCGUCCGACAAGAAGCGAGCGGCCAACAAGAAGCGGCAGUUCGUCAUCGGGGACCCGUCAGGCGGAUUCACCCCGGGCCAAGGAGAACUCCCUACCUGCGCGGUAGAUAUCCCUCUCAACGAGCAGCCGCCUUGCUUGCUGCCGCCCAUCACCGGAGGUCUUGAGCCACCCACUCUGCCCCCCAAGCACAGGCGCUCGUUCACCCUGCCCCCCGAUGCCGCUUCGAACCCCAAGAAGGUGAUCAUCCAGCUGGAGCAGGACCUCAUCCGGCUGCAGAACAAGAGAGACAAGACCAAGGAGGACCUGGAGGAUAUCGAGGCGAUCAAGGCUGCGUUGAGGUACCUUGCAGGCAUAACCGACAUCUCGGCCCCUCCGGGAACUGGCAGCAGCUUCACCCCUGGCAAGCGCUCGUUCGUCUUGCCGCCCGAUGCGGCUUCCAACCCGAAGAAGGUGAUUGCGAAGCUCGAGCUCGACCUCGAGAGGUUACAGAACAAGAAGAGCAAGUCCCAGGAGGACCUUGACGAUAUCAAAGCCAUCAAGGCCGCCCUGUUGUAUCUCGCCGGUAUCACCAACAUCUCGGCGCCGCCGGGAACCGGAUCCACGUUUACGCCGGGCAAGCGGGCCGCCGAGUUCGAUCCCAACACGGUCGGCGCCUACGCGUCCGAGUGCCCGAACCUCGAGGGCGCCGAGCUCGCCCUCGAGGCGCUCAUGCACAAAGACAAGCCGACGCUCGAGGAGCGCAUCAUCAUGCAGCAGCUGGCCGCCUUCCUCAAGGGCUGCGGCAUCACCAUCGUGAAGUCGCCCGACGGCACCUGGACCAUCAUCAAGCCCUCGGACAAGCGC